AUGACCGACGUUCCAACUUUCCAGAAUCUCUCCCUCGAGAGAUUCGACAAUGUCUUCGUUUUGACCAUGCAAAAGCCUCCAGAGAAUCGACUGAACUCUCAGUACUGUCAAGAGAUGAUCCGCGCCUAUCGUACGGCAGAGAGGCUCCUCGGCCCCAAUUCCGAGGGCGCCGUGAUAACACAAGGCCACGAUGCCAAAUUCUGGUGCACUGGACUUGAAUUAGAUGAAUCAGACACCAAUCCAUUCGCCAACACGGAUGGGUUCUACCCGCUAAUCCACACCAUUCUCGAUUUCCCAUUUCCAACCAUCGCUCUCCUGACCGGCCAUACAUUUGGAGGUGCUUGUCCUCUUGCGCUGGCACACGACUAUCGCGUGAUGAAUGCCCGCCGUGGUUUCAUCUCCAUGCCACCGGUGAACCUGGGGCUGCACUUUGAUGGAAUUGGUUCUCUGCCGAGAUUGAAGCUGCGACCACAGGUUGCGCGCAAGAUGCUUCUCGAGGCUCAUCGAUGGACUGGCUCAGAAGCGCUGGAAGAUGGGAUUGUGGAUGCGAUUGCUGAGCCGGAGAAGAUGCUCGAUGUUGCGUUGGAGCUUGGUAAUAAGGUGGCUCCCAAGGCAAAGAUGGGUGUAUAUGCCCUGCUGCGACAUGAGCUUUGGGGAGAUGCAAUCGAGAAAUUCCAGCGGAUUAGUUACGUUCAUGGUCGAAUGACGAGUGCUCCCGCCAAGGCUAAGAUAUAG